AGAGUGAGUCCUGGGAAUGAGRGUGCUCCCCUGCCAUCUUUUGCGAGGUCUCAAGAGUGUGCGUCUGUACUUUCAACUUCCUCGUGGUCUKAGCUCAGAUACUAUAAAAUUGCUCAAGAACAAAAUGGCGGAAGAACUGACUGAAGUUUCAAGUAAUGUCUGCUACGGAGGCUACCAGAAAGUCUUUUCACAUAAAAGUACCGAGYUAGAUUGCGUUAUGAAGUUCUCCGUCUUUUUACCACCUCAAGCAGAAUCAGAAAAAGUCCCUGUAUUGUAUUAUCUAUCAGGCCUUACUUGCACAGAGCAGAAUUUCAUGUUAAAAGGAGAAGCAAGACGGUAUGCAGCUGAGGAAGGCAUCAUGAUUGUUGGACCUGAUACAAGCCCAAGAGGGUGUAACAUUGAAGGUGAAGACGAUUCUUAUGACUUUGGAUCAGGAGCUGGAUUUUACCUUGAUGCUACUGAAGAAAAGUGGAAGAAAAACUACAGAAUGUUUACAUAUGUCACACAAGAGCUUCAUGACCUCAUUCAAAGCAAAUUUCCAGUCGUUUCCAACAAGCAGUCCAUUAUGGGGCACAGUAUGGGAGGUCAUGGAGCUUUGGUUUGCGCUCUGAAGAAACCUGGCUUUUAUAGGUCCGCCUCAGCAUUUUCCCCUAUUUGCAACCCCAUGAAAUGCCCAUGGGGACAGAAAGCAUUCACAGGUUACUUGGGACCAAACCAAGGUGCUUGGAAGGAGUAUGAUGCCAGUGAGCUAGUCAAGAAGUAUAGUGGACCACCACUAGAUAUUUUGAUUGACCAGGGUACAGCAGAUGAGUUUUACCCACACCARCUCCUACCAGAUAAUUUAGUUGAAGCAAGCAAAUCCACCAAUGUCAAAGUUACACUGAGGAUGCAAGAGGAUUAUGACCACAGCUACUAUUUCAUUUCAACCUUUAUGGGAGAUCAUGUGAAACAUCAUACCAAGUACUUGAAAGCUUGAGCGUAGCAACACCCUUUUAGCGACAGUGCAGACGUACAGGAUAAAGACAGCCUAAUCAGCCAAGUGUGUGAGAUAGAAUAAAUCAAUAAGACUGAAUUGAUUUAGAAAUGUGUAGGAUAUGGAUCAUCAAAUGAUUGUAUUUUUACAGUAACUAAGGAAUAAAAUUUAAGUUGGAUAAAGAAA